CCCGGCCGUCGCCGCCAUCCCGGCCAUCCCUGCCACCAUGAACCGCCUCGGCUCCGGACCCGUGGGUAGCGCCGCCGCCGCCGCCGGGCAGUACCGGGUGUGCGGCAAUUGCCGGAAGGUGCCGAGACAGGAAAAGAGAGUACACGUCUCCCCGCCGUUGACAAGAGGACCAAGUGCCUUUAUACCAGAGAACGAAGUUAUGCAAGCAAACGGUUUGGAUGAACGUACUAAUCUUCUUGUGGAAGAAUAUUCUACGUCUGGUCGCCUGGACAACAUCACACAGGUCAUGAGUAUUCAUACUCAAUACCUGGAGUCUUUCCUCCGCAGCCAGUUCUAUAUGCUGCGCAUGGAUGGGCCCCUUCCUUUGCCCUACAGGCACUACAUUGCUAUCAUGGCUGCUGCCAGACAUCAGUGUUCCUACCUAAUAAAUAUGCACGUUGAUGAGUUUCUGAAGACUGGCGGGAUUGCAGAGUGGUUGAAUGGUUUAGAAUACAUUCCCCAAAGACUGAAAAACCUGAAUGAAAUAAACAAACUUCUUGCACACCGGCCCUGGCUGAUCACGAAAGAGCACAUCCAGAAACUUGUCAAGACUGGGGAAAAUAAUUGGUCUCUUCCUGAAUUGGUGCAUGCUGUUGUCCUGUUGGCCCAUUAUCAUGCCUUGGCAAGUUUUGUAUUUGGUAGUGGCAUUAAUCCAGAGAGAGAUCCGGAUACAUCUAAUGGAGUCAGACUUAUAGCAGUCAACAACUUCUGUGUCUGUGAUCUUGCCAAUGACAACAACAUAGAAAAUGCAUCCCUCACAAGUAGCAACUUUGGGAAUGUCAUGGUGUUUUUGCAGAUUGCAGAUUCUUUAAGUGAGCUGGAGGCCCUGAUGGAAAGGAUGAAGAGACUACAAGAAGAUAAAGAGGACGAAGAAGCCUCUCAGGAAGAAAUGGCAACUCGCUUUGAGAAGGAGAAAAAGGAGAGUCUGCUAGUAAUUAGUGGAGCAUUUGAUGAUGAAAUAGUUUCUACAGAUGUCUCCCGUUAUGUUGAAGAUCCUGGGUUUGGGUACAAAGACUUCGCAAGGCGAGGAGAAGACCAUCUGCCAACAUUCAGAGCUCAGGACUAUACUUGGGAAAAUCAUGGCUUUUCCCUUGUAAACAGGCUUUAUUCUGAUAUUGGGCAUCUCCUGGAUGAGAAGUUUCGGAUGGUGUAUAACCUCACAUAUAACACUAUGGCAACACAUGAAGAUGUUGACACAACUACACUAAGAAGAGCUUUAUUUAACUAUGUCCACUGUAUGUAUGGAAUCAGGUAUGAUGACUACGAUUAUGGAGAAGUUAAUCAGCUACUUGAACGCAGCCUGAAGGUUUACAUAAAGACAGUGACCUGCUAUCCAGAGAGAACUACCAAGCGCAUGUACGAUAGUUACUGGCGUCAGUUCAAGCACUCGGAGAAGGUUCAUGUCAAUCUACUUCUGAUGGAAGCUCGGAUGCAAGCCGAACUUCUGUAUGCCCUUCGUGCCAUAACUCGUCACUUGACCUGAAGCACUUGCUGGCCAGGAGUACAGGGGCUUUUACUGAGUAUGUAAAGACCUUUGGAAAUAGAUACACACCAGAAGCUGUUUGUGAUGUAGCAUCAGGUUAUUCAAUUCUCUAGUGUCAAAGUUUAGCCGUGCUUCUUGGCGGCUGUAAUGUGCAAUGACGUGUUUUAUUUUCUUGAUGCUUAACAUUACUAAUGAUAACAAAAGUAACACUGAGGAGCGCUACUCUGCAUUGUUUCCGGCUGGAUUGCUGCACAGUGGUCAGGAUCCUGAAACUGGUUUUAUUGUAUCCAAUCCUAGCGCUUUGUUCUUUAAGCACUGGAGUGAAGUGCUUAGAGACUUCUUUUUCCAAGCAAUCAUUUUUCAGAUUAGUGGAGUCCAGCAGAAGAUCAGUUCUGCCUGUCCUGAGAACAUCCCACCACGUCGUGACUCACGACAGAGACACAAGGGCUGUGCUGCAUCGAAUUGCCCACUGGAUUCUCCUGUGUGUCCUGGAGACUGCUGCCAGUCACUGUCUUACUACAGCAAUUGGAGGUGAUGCAAGAUGUGGAUGCAAACAUCGAGCACACUUUAAUGUGAAAUUAAUCUUGAUAAAUCCUACAGCAUGCUACUGAAGUGCAAAAUUCAUUCACGCUUUGUCAUGCCCCUUCACAAGGAGAGGAGGCCUCACGAUUUGCCAUUUCAGCCACACUUACUGUGUUUCAAUCAUGCAUAGUCCUGUUUUACUGACAGUCACCCUCAGUUGUCCUGACGAUAUCCAUGCUCAUCAUGUGUUGCAAUUUGUUUAGUUGGCACCUAUAAAAUUAAUACACAGGCUGACCAAAAAUAGGGUUGUGGGGUUUUUUGCACUCUCUUCUUUAUCAAUGUUUUAACUAAGGAAAGCAAAGGAAGGCUAGUAUAUCUAUUCUUUCAUAUUGGAUGUAUAGAAAUUAUUUCCCAUAACUUUUUCAUAGCAUGAAACUGUAGUAUUCAAAGUUUUAAAAGUUUCUAUGCAUUAGUGUGAGUGAACAAAAGAAAAGUGCAAUAUCUGAAAAGAAAGCAAGCUUUUUUCCCUGUCAUGCCACUGCUAAAGUGUCCUUCUUAUAUAGCCAUAAAGAAAUUUUAAAACCAAAUUUCUUUAUUGUCUAAGGCCUAGCAGUUUUGCUUUAGCUUUUAUGGCUUAAGACAACCUGACACUGAGAUGCCAAAGCAUCCCCAAAACAAAGCAUUUUUGGACAACCAGUAGUAUUGGGGAAGGGAAGAAAU